AACUUUAUCAUCAGUGUGUGACUGGGGGAGUUCCAGAGCACGAGGAAGCGCUCCGAUAGAUAUAAAAGAAAAACCGUCGCUGCUCGGUUUGAAGUAUUUUGGGGGGAUUAUUGGUUGUAAUAUUUUAUCAUACACGGUGUCUUAAUGCAAAUAGAGGAAGCCAGUCAGCUAGCUGGCUAUCUAAACUAUCCGAAGGGGAAGUGGCAGCAGUCAUCGCUUCAGAGUUUCGCCAUCUGGCUCAACGGCUAGCCUAGCCUUCGCCUAACACACCCACUGUCUGCCUGUUUGUCGUUCACGCUGGUUUCAAAUAAGCUGGACUUCAACCAGCUCCGGUUUUUCGCUCAACUUAAAGGCAUGGUUUGGCUAAAAAGAGCAUUUGGCUGUUGUUAGCCAGCUAGCGAGGCGAAUGGUCUAUACAGCUUCCACACUGGCUCGCUAGCCAGCCGAAACUAGAGUCGGCCUGACAAUACAGCGGCGAGGAUCAUUCGUGCUGUUGCACUCAUUAACAACAGACUGCUUCACUGAAGGGUUACUUCUAAGCAGUUGCAGCUCUGAUUUUGGUAGAAAUAGGAAGCAUUCAGUUACGCCUUUCUGGUACUGGCGCAUCUCUGGAGAGCAGAUCUCUCUCUCAGCAUGCAGGACAAAAGACUGGAGAUGAGCAGAUUGGAGUUUUAAUCACCUUUGUCUGUUUGGAACUGUCUUAAGUGACUGUCCAUUUGGGGGAAGUCAGGAACACGGAGGCAAGAAUGAAGAAGUUUUCCCGUAUGCCAAAGUCAGAGAGCGGAAACCUCGGGGGUGGGUCUGCAUCUGGCACUGGAAGCAGCAACUACAUUGGAAAGGUUUUUGCUGUCGGUCGAUACCAAGUCACGGUGGAAGAGCUGAUCGCUGAAGGAGGUUUCUCCAUGGUGUUUUUGGCCCGCACACACAGUGGAGUAAGAUGUGCCCUGAAAAGGACGUAUGUAAACAAUAUCCAUGAUCUAAACAUCUUCAAGCGGGAGAUCACAAUCAUGAAAGAGUUGUCAGGCCACAAGAACAUUGUGCGCUAUCAGGACUCAACCACCAACACAGUGGGAGACAGUGUAUGGGAGGUUCUGAUUCUUAUGGAGUAUUGCAAAGCUGGUCAGGUGGUGAAGCAGAUGAACCAGCGACUUCACAUAGGAUUCACUGAGGCAGAGGUGCUCGGCAUGUUCUGUGACACCUGUGAAGCUGUUGCCAGACUCCACCAGUGCAAAACUCCAAUCAUCCACAGAGACCUGAAGGUAGAAAACAUCCUCCUAAAUGACAUGGGAAACUAUGUCUUGUGUGACUUUGGAAGCGCAACCCAUAAAGUGCUGCUUCCACAUAAAGAUGGAAUAACCGCCGUGGAGGAUGAGAUCAAGAAAUACACGACUCUGUCAUAUCGUGCCCCAGAGAUGAUUAACUUGUACCAAGGGAAAGCCAUCACCACAAAGGCUGAUAUUUGGGCACUUGGUUGCUUGUUGUACAAGCUGUGUUUCUUCACACUUCCAUUUGGGGAAAGUCAAGUCGCCAUAUGCGAUGGAACCUUCACUGUUCCGGAUGGUUCCAAAUUCUCUUCGAAAUUGCACUGUUUAAUCAGAUACAUGUUGGAGCCUGACCAAGAAAAGAGACCUGACAUCUAUCAAGUUGCUUACUUUGCCUUUCGGUUAGCUGGAAAAGAGUGUCCAGUGCCAAAUCUCUUUAACUCUAACCUCCCUAGCUCCUUGCCAGAGCCCUUUACUGCUAGUGAUAUUGCUGCUAAGAAGAGCCUGACGAAAGCAAGAAUAACAGAUUCAGUUGGACCAACAGAAACAUCAAUUGCACCCAGGCAAAGACCAAAAGCUGCAAAUAGUACUGUUUUGCCUUUGUCCAGCUCUGUAACUCCUAUGAAAAUGACUGUACCAUCAGGUACGGUCAGUAAUGGCCAGAAAGAACCUGGAAAUGGGCAGCAGUCGACUGGACAGCUGCUGAGCAGUAGUCAACAGAAAAGAGUAUUACAGCAGCUGCAGCCUGGAGACCUCAGACUACAACAGUUACAUCAUCAUCAACAACAACAACAGCAGCAGCAGCAGCACAAUAUGCACCACCAUCAACAGCAAGUCACUGCACAGCAGCUACAGUACAUGCAACAGUAUCAUCAGGCCAUGCAGCAGCAGCAGAUGAUGAUGCAGCAGCCUAUAUAUCAAGCCCAGCAGCAACAGCAGGCUCACUACACUGCCCUGAUGCAUCAGUACCAGCAUGCCUUUGCCCAGCAGCAGCGUGCUUCAUUACAACAGGUGCCCUAUAUCUCCCCUCUGGAGUUCCAGGCCCCACUGGGCUCCUAUAACCCUGUCGGACCUUCCCCAGUAGAGACCCCCUUUGCUAAUAUCAGUAGAAACCCAGUGUCCACUGUUGAUGUCAUGAGCCCUCCUCUCCAGACUGUCAGUAACCCUCCUGAUAUGUCUGGCUGGAACCCAUUUGGAGAGGACAGUUUCUCCAAACUCACUGAGGAGGAGCUGCUUGAUCGAGAGUUUGACCUUCUCAGAGCAAAAAAGCCAGUAGAGAGAUCUGUCAGCAUGGUGGCCAGCAGCACAGACAGACAACAGCCGGUACUGCAGCCCUCACACCCUGAGGAUCCUUUUGGCUCUGUGCCCUUCCUGGCCAACGCAGGAGCUGGUGUGCACGCAGCGGAGCAUCCAACUGAGAAUCCCAGUGUUGCUGUUGCUGCACUAACAGCCAUGCCAGAUGCAACCCUGCCAUCUGUCAAGGAACAGAAACCUGCCAAAAAAAGUAGAUCCACUAGUUUACUGCCUCAGAAAGCAGGGGAGGAAUCGGAUAGUGAUUUUGAGUCCGACCCACCCUCUCCUAAAAGCAGUGACGACGAGGAGGUAGAAGAGGAGGAAGGUCUUAACAGUGAACAUGAAGACACUGAGCCUGAGAACCUGGGUCAGAGGCCAUUACUCAUGGACUCUGAAGAAGAUGUUGAGGAAGAGGAAGACAAACCUAGCUCAGACUCAGACUGUGAUCUAAGGAAGACAAAACUUCAGUCAGUGAGGCAGUCAGAUGACAAGGCUGCAGUUAAUCUUACGGGAAUUGUGAAAUCUGAAUCUAGAGCCAGUAUGAUUAAUCCUCCCGAUUCGCCAAGUCUCACCAUACCUGCUGCAGACAUUGUGGAUAUUUUUGGUGCUAUUCCUUUUGUUGGCAGCGGUCAGCCCAGAGUGUCACCAGAGAGCAUAGAUAUUUUUUCCAAAGCCCCUUUUAGGCAGGCAAGCCAGGACAAUGCUGUGGAAGAGACUGAUGUAUUUACCAAAGCUCCUUUUAACAGAAACCUCUCCAGGUCCAGCAGGAGUGGCGAUGGUCCCAGCGGCCAGACGCCACCCGUUUCCCCUGACAGCGUGGAUGUGUUUGGCUUCUCACCUUUCCAGCCCAGCCACAAAAUAGCCACCUCUAGAAACCAGGAGGAUAUUUUUGGUCAAGCGCUUUUUGAGGAAGCAGCAAGCCCCCAGCAACAGAGGCAAAAACAGCGCAGCCUUCAAAAACUUAAUUCACGGCAAAGGCGCACCAAGCAAGAGGCCAGUGUCAACAAUGGGAAGCGGCACCACGGCACACCCACUGGUGGUAGGAAGAGCAACAAGCCCAGUUUCCGUACCCCUGAACGGGUGAGAAGGCACAAGAAGGUUGGCAGAAGGGACUCACAGAGCAGCAAUGAGUUCCUCAGUACAUCUGACUCGAAAGAGAACAUCAGUAUAUCUCUGGGGGAGGUGAGGGAAAAAGGGGCUGCACUGCCCACUGAGGAUGCCUUGUUGGAUCCGUUUGGUGCCAAGCCAUUUCCUCCACAAGAUGGCAGUCGAUACAGUCAGACCCAGAGCUUGGGAGACAAUAAAAGUGGGACCAGCUCCCUACAUGUAUUUGAUGGAAAUAAAAUAGAUGACUUUGGUGCUGUACCUUUCACAGAACUGGUGAUACAGAGUGGAGCUCAGCAAACCCCACAGAUGGAUGUUGACCCUUUUGGAGCUGCUCCUUUCCCCUCAAAGCAGUAAAUGUCUUGUCUUCCAGCACACUUGCAAAGAUAGUCUGCAAGGAUGCAGCUAUAUUUAUGCAAUGUAGAAGCAGCCUUCUGAAAUUUACUGAAUCGGUGGCAGCUUCUUUGUUUAUGUGCAGCCAUUAGCCUUUCAAUUAGAUAACAUACAACUUUUGUAGAUUUUGAAGUUUUAAUACUUAACUGGACAGCUAUAACACCUUUUUCAUUUUGGUAACUUAAACCUGUGGUGUAUAUGGAUGUUUUUGAAUAGGCUUUUGAAGCAUAUCCCUUAGCCUUUACUCGCAAGUAAGCCCUUUAAGCUGCAUCUCAAUAUGCGCUUAGUCAACAAAAUGGUGACUGUGUAUAAUCCUUCGUUUAAAUAGAAUGAAGAGGAGAACAAUACCAAUUUAAUAAGUUUGUAUUCCAUCACUGACCUCUAAGCUAAAAUUUGAAUGUAGGUAAUAUCUGCAUGAUCCACCAUUAAACACCAUGAAGCCUUAUAUGGGUAUGCCCCACCCUGCUUUACAGUACCUUUUAUUCACAGUGGCUGUUGUAGCCCAUUUGUGUCAAUGGAAUCAUCGGAGUGUAGGCCUUCUCCAUUUUAAUUUCAUUUACACAGACCAUUUUUAUGCAGAUUUUUACACAUUUAAAGGAAUAGGUCACCCAAACAUUUAAAUUUGCUGAUAAUGUACUCCAUUAUUUUGAUGCACCCUAAAUAUACAUUUUGGACUGUCAAAAAAUGGAGUACAUUUAAUAUUUUAAAUCCUUAUGUUGUGACAAUGUUCUUUCAACAUACAUGCAUGAAAAAAUAUGGCCAUACCAGUUAACAUGCAGUUCAUCUUACUAUGGUGUUGAAUAUGAUGAAAACAAUAGACUUAUAAUUAACAUUUUAUUAACUAUGCUCCCAUAUUAUUAUUCCCCAAGGUGACCUUUAAAUGCAGAUAUAUGUUCCACUGUCUGU